GGUGGGCGUGGGCGGUGCCGUAGGCGUAGGUGGAUGCUGCUCGGGACCCGGGCAUAGCAAGAGGCGACGUCAAGCUCCUGGGGUUGGUGCAGUUGGCGGGGGCAGUCCAGAACGUGAGGAGGUUGGCGCCGGCUACAAUAGUGAGGACGAGUAUGAAGCGGCUGCAGCACGCAUCGAGGCUAUGGACCCUGCCACUGUCGAGCAGCAGGAGCACUGGUUUGAAAAGGCCCUACGAGACAAGAAGGGCUUCAUCAUCAAGCAGAUGAAGGAGGACGGCGCCUGUCUUUUCCGGGCUGUAGCUGACCAGGUGUAUGGAGACCAGGAUAUGCAUGAGGUUGUGCGAAAGCACUGCAUGGACUAUCUGAUGAAGAAUGCUGAUUACUUCUCCAACUAUGUCACAGAGGACUUCACCACCUACAUUAACCGGAAGCGGAAAAACAACUGCCAUGGCAACCACAUUGAAAUGCAGGCCAUGGCGGAGAUGUACAACCGUCCUGUGGAGGUGUACCAAUACAGCACAGGUACUUCUGCAGUGGAACCCAUCAACACAUUCCAUGGGAUACAUCAAAAUGAAGAUGAACCCAUCCGAGUCAGCUACCAUCGGAAUAUCCACUAUAAUUCAGUGGUGAAUCCUAACAAGGCUACCAUUGGUGUGGGGCUGGGCCUGCCAUCAUUCAAACCAGGGUUUGCGGAGCAGUCCCUGAUGAAGAAUGCCAUUAAAACAUCAGAGGAGUCAUGGAUUGAACAGCAGAUGCUAGAAGACAAGAAACGGGCCACAGAUUGGGAGGCCACCAAUGAGGCCAUUGAGGAACAGGUGGCUCGGGAAUCCUACCUGCAGUGGCUGCGGGAUCAGGAGAAACAGGCCCGCCAGGUCCGCGGCCCCAGCCAGCCUCGGAAAGCUAGCGCCACAUGCAGUUCAGCCACAGCAGCAGCCUCCAGUGGCCUGGAGGAGUGGACCAGCCGUUCCCCACGGCAGCGGAGUUCAGCCUCAUCACCUGAGCACCCUGAGCUGCAUGCCGAGCUGGGCAUCAAGCCGCCUUCCCCAGGCACCGUCUUAGCUCUUGCCAAACCUCCUUCACCCUGUGCACCAGGUACAAGCAGUCAGUUCUCGGCAGGGGCCGACCGGGCUACUUCCCCCCUUGUGUCCCUCUAUCCUGCUCUGGAGUGCCGGGCCCUCAUUCAGCAGAUGUCCCCCUCUGCCUUUGGUCUGAAUGACUGGGAUGAUGAUGAGAUCCUAGCAUCGGUGCUGGCAGUGUCCCAACAGGAAUACCUAGACAGUAUGAAGAAAAACAAAGUGCACAGAGACCCACCCCCUGACAAGAGUUGAUGGAGACCCAGGGACUGGACACCAUCUCCCAACCCCCACCACUCCUGUCCUCCGGUGCCACCCUACCUUCUUUGGCUUUCUUCCCUCUUGCCUCCUUCCAGUCUUCCUGCUCUCCCCUUUUCCCUCCUCCCCACUUCCCUCUGGCUGACCCAUCCCUGCGCUCCCUCUCAUUGCUGCCACCAUCACCUGUCUCUCCGCCAGCUGACGUGCCCUGUUGCCCCCCCCGCACAGCACCAUCCCUGCAUUCCACAGGGGACUCGGGCAAGGGUGCCGAAGGUAGGCAAGAGGCACACAGAGACAGACCAACUGGCAGCCAGGCAGCUCCAGAGGAAAGAACAUUCAGACAGAACAAAGUCUCCCUACCCCCCAUUCCUUCUGAGAUCAGAAAAACUUGCCAACCCCCCCCCCACAACAAUGCCAGGGAGGUAGGAGGAAGAAGUGGGAAUUUUCCCUUUCCAGUACCCCAAGAAUGUCUGAGCCUUCAAUGUUGAAUUUUUUCUUUAUUAAAAUGUACUUUUAUCUUAUAAAAUCAACCAAUCAAAAUGAUAUAGACGACAGCAUUGGCUCUGUGAAGGCGGCAUCUCUGGUUUGGGGACAGGCAGGCCAUAGGGCAUGGAGGGGCACAAAGAUGUGGAUUGCUGUCUUCUGUCCUCUAGCUCCGUGGAGGUGGGCAGAGGGCUUAGGGUGUGAGCUGGGGCGCAGGGGACGGGGUUGGCAGGUGUCAGACCGACUUUGGACAAUGAGACCCUGACCUUGCUGCAUUCCUUUUGCCUCCACCACCACCACCACUAGUCUCUUUGGAAUCUUGGGGUGGGGGGGGGCAUCUUUGGGGAUCAUGGCCACCACCCAGGAUUUGAUUGUAGGGAGUGGGAGCAGCCUCGGCAGAUGGGGCACCCGUACCCUGCAGGUGUUGACAAGAUCCGCCAUCUGUAAUGUCCUUGGCACAAUAAAACCAAAUGUCAGUUUC